AUGGACGCUUCCCAGUACCCUACCAAUGGUAUAAACACGACCUCGGCCUCCUACCCGUCGCCCCCCGCCAUCACGCCUCAUCAACUUCAGCACACCAACUCCCCGCUGCCUCACCAGACUCUGCCGCCUUUGCAGCCGCAGACCUCCGCCGCCAUGAACCAAAUGUACGGCAGCAACCCUCACACACCUCGCACUCCUGCGACGCCCAACACUCCGGGCUCCCAGAACAACAUGCCGCCGUACCAGCCUCAGCAGCAGCAGCAACAGCAGCAGCAGCCUCGCGGUCCCUACCAGCAGAUGGGCCAGUACCCUCCCCCGCCUCAGGCGUACGGCACUCAGUCCAUGCUGCCCCAGACCACGAUGGCUUCUUCUCACCCGCAGCCCAUCGCGCCUGCUCCCGCGUCUGGACGCGUUCCUCCUGUCCUGCGUCCCAUGCCUGCUGGUGGUGUCAUGCCCCAGCCCGGUAUGAACUCUCCCUACGGCCCCGGCGGUGUCAUGCCCGGUGGCAUGGGCGAGGCUGACCAGCCCACGCACGUUGUCGGCUCUCAGGGUCGCCGUGGCAUUCUCCCCAGCGCUCCUGGCCGCCCUGCCGCUACUCCCGCUGGCGCCGGCAACACCAAGAGCACUGUGAUCCCGGUCAAGGAUGCUGAUGGCAAGUUCCCUUGCCCUCACUGCACCAAGACCUACUUGCACGCGAAGCACUUGAAGCGUCAUCUUCUGCGCCACACGGGCGACCGCCCCUACAUGUGUGUGCUGUGUCGCGACACUUUCUCGCGAAGUGACAUUCUCAAGCGUCACUUCCAGAAGUGUUCCAUUCGCCGAGGUAACCCGACUGGUGCUAGUCACUUGUCUCACCCUCAGGCUCAUGUCAAGAAGAACGCUGCUGCGCAGAAGGCGGCUCUUGGUCAGGAUGGCGGUCUGAACCACCUCAAUGGUCUGGGUAACAUGCCUGCGGAUGGCAUGGUUCAGCCUUUUGGUAUGAUGCCUGUGUCGGACGGGAUGAGCAACCUUGCGAACGAUCAGAGAUCUGUCAUGGAUGCUUCUGGCCGAGGUGGCAACUUCGAGCAGGCAUACAACGGCAAUGUCCCUAGCUCCAUGACGCCCAAUAUGAAUCAACAGAUGCAAAACUACAAUAUGCCCCCGGGUCAAAAUGGAAUGUCCAUGUAUGGCGGGUCGAACUCGAACCAACAAUCGGGCCUUGAUUGGUCUCAAAUGUUCCAGGCUGGUGCGCAACAAACCUACGCAAAUCAUACUCAAUUCCCCCCUAAUCUUGGACAGACGCAGAUCGCAACCAAACCAGAGCCUAAUACCGGCGUUGAAAGUACAGAAGGUCCGCUUGGCCACUCCAACCACCCCGAUUCCCUAUUUUUCUCGACCUGGGACGUGCCGCCAUCGAUCCAAGACCCUUUUACCCAUCUCUCCAACCAGAUCCUCAACUUUUUUUACCCUCCAGGUUCCCCGAUUACCGAUGAAAGCGCCGGCUUCAACCUAUACUUCUCCGCCGAAAACAUACGCGACUUCUUGGAAAAGUACACUCAUUUCCAUGUCCAUUUUCCCAUUCUCCAUACACCCACCUUCCGUAUCAUGGAAGCCUAUACUGGCCUGUUGGCUGGCAUGUGCUGCAUGGGCGCCUGUUACUCUGACCGUCUUUCCCCAGAUCACGUGCGCGAUAUGAUGAACUUCCUCAAGUCCGCACUUGUUCGCGACGUGCAGUUUUUGGCCAACUCGGUGGGCCAACAGCAGAAUGGUAACGCUGACGCUGGUGCCUCAAGUAACGGUCAUCGCGACCUUGAGCAACUCCAAGCUGUGAUGCUGCUCCAAAUUCUGCUGAUCUGGAAUAGUACACCGCAGCACCGUGAGAGCGCUCGUGAGAUUUUCCCAGCCACGGCGGAGCAGACUCGUCGUCUUCGCCUGUUGGAGGUCUCCACCAGCACGCCCCUCUUCAGUCCGCUGCACCAGAGCAACUUUACCCCUCAGAACUUCGAUGUCUCCACAUUCGAUUGGGGUGUGUGGGUUGAACAGGAAAAGCGGAUACGCCUGAUGCACAUCAUCUUCCUCUGCAACUCCGCCAUGGAACUUUAUUUCAACGCCCAGUCUCAACUUGACAGCUUCGAGAUGCACAUCCCGCUGCCAUCUGAUGAUGCAGCGUGGGACGCACGGACGAAGAAGGAUUGCGAGGAUGCUCUGGGCUUACACGGAGAUGAGUUGGCACAGCAAAAGAAUCCAAAUGGAACACGGCGCAGCAAGCAACCGGAAAUGGACUAUGCUCUCCAAGCUUUGCUUCACGGAUCCUACCAGAUUCAGCCAGGCAGAACGAAUCUUUACGGAAAGUUCAUCUUGAUUCACGCCAUCCUGUCCUUGAUUCGACGAGCUCAAUUGGACGGUAGUGCCGUGAUGAAGGGUUACGCGACUCCACCAAUGAGUGACUGGAUGGUGAAUGGUGGAUCAGAUAACGGCAUCAGCAGCGGCAGGGCAACACCUGUCGAUCCCGCUUUGCAGGGCAUUCCGGUACAUGUGCACGAAUCGUUCCGCAUGGCCCUCCAAAAGUUCAAGACCAACUGGGAUACCGACAUGGUCAACCAAUUUCCUCCUGGAUCAGCGAAGAACGUCCGUAGGUAUGGUUUCUCUAGGGACGGCAUCCAUUUCUACUGGCUUGCUAAGUACCUGUUAAAGCAUACCCGGUCAUCAGAGCUGCAGAUGGAGUCGGACGCGCGUUUCAUGCAGGUGAUGCAAUUAUUGAAGUCGGUGAAGGCAUGGGUAUUGUCGGAUGGGGCGUCUAGGGGUGAAGAUAUGGGAUCGGUUGGAGAGAUCGACAAGGAUUUUGGAGUGUCGAAUCUGACACUCGACAUGGCGCGACUUUUCAAACCUCUUCCGGCGGUGGUGGAGGAUCCAGGAAUACCUUCUGUGCAAACGAACAUCGGCACAACGGGCGGCGGCAUGCUUUGA